AUGGGUGAGGAAUUGGGAGAGAUCAUGUUCUGGGAAGUUGUUGAACCUUUUACUCGGUUCCGUGUGAUGCUUAACUGUGAAGCUCCAUUGCUUUUUCGCAUGGAAUCCCGGUCAGACACCGGCAAAAUCUUCUGGAUAUCUUUUGACUAUUUGAAGUUGAAGAAUUAUUGCAAUUUGUGUCUUCGAAUGUCUCAUGAUGCCAAAUCGUGUCCAGAUCAGGUUGUACACCGUCGUGAACCACACCGGAGGAGGUCCGAUGAUGAAGACAUAAGAAGAGAAAAGGAGCCUAGGAAUGGAAGGAUUCAGGUGAAUCAAGCAAGGACGGAGCCUAAGCAAGGCUCGAAUGGGAAUACACUGGAUGCGGCUUCCACAUCAAAGUGGAGACCGGUCUGUCGUGAUCUCCUCCCUUAG